UAAUGGUUUGGGUUUUUUCCUGUCCUACGCGGUGUUGGCAACUAUUUGACGCAUCACUUGGCUCACAUUAGACGCUUCCAGAAAAUUCAAUCGUCUUCCCGUAGGUGAUGGACUACGAUUUCAGGACCGAACCUCCACUCUACAGCUCUUCUUCUUCUCCAUCCUCCCACCAAAUGUACCCUAAGAUCGCCUCUCACGGCCACGCCGCCGCACGCCCCUCCCACCCGCACCACUCUUCUCCUCCUUCCUCUUCUCCGGGAUUGGGUAUUAGAGUUUUUAUAAAGCCAGAAUAUAGGAUCACUCCGCCGCCCCAUUUGUUACCACAUUCUGGAGAUAUUCAACGUAGCAACUUCCAGUUUGAUUUUGGAUUGGAGAGAAAAAUCCUCUCCGAGGCAAAUAAGGAAAAACCAAAUUGGAGCAAGUUUGGAAUGGAAAAUCUUCAAACUAAGGUUAUGGAAUCAGCCUCGCCAAAGGCUUCUGUUUCAGAUCCCAUUGUGAGCAAAUAUAUUGCCAUGGGGCUCAACCGAGAGGCUGUUCCCAUUGCUGUUGCAAAUUAUGGUGACAAUCCAACCAAGAUUCCAGAAUUUGUCAACAGCUAUACCCUGCUGCGUGAAAUGGGAUUUUCGUCAACCUCCGUUGCUGAAGCCUUGGUUAUGUAUGAUAAUGAUACUGACAAGGCAUUAUCUCAUUUCCUUAACGCUACAUCAUGAACACGCAGAAGUAUAUAUUUUUAGGCAUCAUUUAUUGAUAAAUAACAUAUUGGUGUCUUUUUAAAAGAUAAAUAAUAGUAAAAUUUAGUGAUAUAUAUGUAAAUUUAUUGCCUAUAAAGCUGUUCCUCUUGUUAUAGUUGUGUGGGAGAUGAGGAUUCUCAGUUUGUGUUUGUAUAGAGAAUAUAAAUAAAACCCUAGUUUAUUUUUUAUGUACGUUUAUUACAUUUAUCCUAGAAAUGCAAUGUCGUUUUUAUUAAAAA